AAAUUAGAGAAUAUGUCAAAAAUUUAGGAUUUGCAAUGGAAAACCCUAAAUACUACUUUUUGUUGAAUGUUAGGGUUUGACUGGUUUGUGAUUGCGAUUUGCGAGGACGCGUCACUAAUCAGGAAUCCAAAUUCCAAUUUCAAAUCUAUCAACGAAGAGGAACAGAGUCUCUGUCGCCGCUUUAUCGGGUUUUAUCUUCAUGUACUAAUACCAUGAAGAGGACAUUGCCGUGGAGUGAUGAUGAUGAGGGUGAUGACUCAUCUAAUGAUGAGUCGUCUUCUUUACAUUCAGGUUCUGAAGGUGAUAAUGAAACUGGAGGAAAAAAAUCCAAAGGUAAAUCUACGAAGAAGAAAAGUGCUCCAAUUGACUUUGAAGCUCUCAAGCGAUACGGGUAUAAAGGCGGGCCUUCAGUCUUAAAGGUACCUCCACCCAAAGAAGGUGACACAAAGCAAGAUUGGUCUUGGUCCAGUGGAAAAGAAAAGCGCGUCGAGAAGGAGGUUGAAGAAACAUAUGAAGAACGGAAGAAAACAAGAGAGGCUCUUUCCAUAGGAGAGCAGCUGCCAACUGUUCUGACUAGAAAUGAAAAGAAGAGUCUUUCCUUUUCUCAGAAGGAAAAGAGGAAAAGGGAACUUGGUCAAGCAAGCAGAGGGAAAAAUUAUGUUGAAGAAGAGAAAAGGCAGUUGAGGGAGAAUGGAGUCUAUUCAGGUUUUGAUGCUUGAUAUGCUGAGGCUAGAAUCUACUGCAUCUUGUAUAAAGGUUACUAUGAUACUAUCCAGGGCCAUUUUGUACUAAAAUGAUUUGGUUUAGGUGAUGUCUCUACUAUAAUCUCAUGUUAAGUCGAAACCAUUUUAGAUAUUAAAUGACUGAGGCUGGAAUCUUUUAUGGAUAGCCAAAAUUGAACGUCACAUAACAUAUUAUCGAUUAAUUUUGGUUGUUCACAGCUUUA